AUGUAUGAUUUUCUUAUUAAUAAUAAGAAUCACUGUGAUGUUUCAUUCAGUUUGAAGAAGAAACAUAUAAUAUGUUGGUCAAAUCACGUAGAAUACGUACUUUCUUUGAUUCAAGAUUUGGUUUCACCUUCAAAUAUUGAAAUUGCAAAAUUGAAACAUUUCAAUUUCAGGAAACAAGUCAUUUCCCUAUAUGGUAAUGGUAAUUUUACAAAUCCUAAUUUUCAUUGGAAUUCUCAUAUUUUUGAAGAUUGUUUGAAGUGGGGAAAUGCCAGGUUCUUCUGGGCAUUGCUUUUUGAAUUGAAACACAAAGUUUUCAAACAAUUUAAUGACUCUUCCAAUCACAAAAAUUUAGAACAACGAGGAGCGAAUUUUGAAAAACUUCAAAGACAAAUUAACAUCAAUUAUCCUUGGGUAAGAAAUCAAUCUGAAAACAAGAAAUGGAUUCCAAUUGUACAAAACAAAGAAUUUAUUUUAUUUAAGGCAAAGGAUGGUUCCUUACUUGUUGGUCAAUUUGUUGAGGUUAAAGAGCAAAGAGUAUAUUUCACCAACAUCAAAAAGUGUCUCUCUUCGGUUCAUCCAAUUAUUGGAUAUAGAUUAAUUGAUUCAAACAUUCAUGUAACAACAGGCUAUGUUGCACUAAAUCAAAUAAUUGGUAAAUGUUUGAUUCAUAAUAUUGCUGGCAAAGAAAUGUUCAACCAAUACUCGUUUUUCAUGAAUUUCCAUAAAGUUAAAUUUUAA